GGCCGAGUGGCUGCCUUCCGCUGGAGGAGUCGGGCUCCUUUGCCGGAGGAGGCUGGCCAUGGCUCAGGUGGAGGGCGCGUUGAGCCCCAGAGGCCGGUGAGUCCGCCGGGGAGGAUGGGGAGGCGGGGGCCCCUGCCCGCCCUGCUCUUGGCCUGGGCUCUGCUGCUGCUGCUGCUGCUGGGGGGGAGCCCACGGGCCCGCUGCCACGAAGCCCAGACCCCCGACUGGAGGAUGACGCUGAAGACCAUCCGGAACGGCGUCCACAAGAUCGACACUUACCUGAAUGCCGCCUUGGACCUCCUGGGAGGAGAGGAUGGGCUUUGCCGGUACAAGUGCAGCGAUGGAUAUAAACCUUUUCCCCGUUAUGGCUAUAAACCUCAACCACCAAAUGGAUGUGGGUCUCCCCUCUUUGGAGUUCAUUUUGAUAUAGGCAUUCCCUCCAUGACGAAAUGCUGCAAUCAACACGACAGGUGCUAUGAUACCUGUGGCAACAAAAAACAUGAUUGUGACGAGGAAUUCCAAUACUGCCUUUCAAAGAUCUGUAGAGAUGUACAGAAGACUCUAGGAAUUCCAGAGAGUGUACGAGCUUGUGAAUCAACAGUGCAACUAGUGUUUGAUGCUGUCAUACAUUUAGGAUGCAAACCAUACCUUGACAGUCAAAGAGCUGCAUGUAUGUGUCGGUAUGAAGACAAGAGAGAACUUUAAAGACAAUAAUGACUUUCUCAGUUUAUACUAAUGUGUCCGGAUUAUGAGAGCCUUCUCUUUUUUUGUUACAAAGCUGUUCAAAAUACGGUGGAUGUGAAGAUGAUCUACUACUGCAGAAAAUACAUACUUUUUUAAAAAAGGUUUUGUAUAGCACUUGCUCUUUUCAUCAACUCUGCAUACAUCUUUUGCAAACAUCUUUUGCAAAAAUCUUUUAAAGAUGACAGUUAACAAAUAUUGGUAUAUGAUAAUGAAUAAGCGCUGCAUUAAAUCUGUGCCAUUUUUGUAGCAUUAGAAGUAGGUCAAACUUUGCUCUUGCCAGCAAUUGACAUUUCCUCUGUGCCAUGUUGUAUGGUAGACAUUUCUUUGAAUAAUCUCUCUGUUAUAUGCUGUGAUAUUUAAUUACGAAUAAUUGCUAAUGUGUCUAGUGCAGACAUGGGCAAACUAAGGCCCAGGAGCUGUAUGCGGCCCCUUGGAUGCUUACCUCAGACCCACCGUAUCCUUAUACAGAAAGGAUGGGGGAGGAAGACACACAGCAGCUGAAAGCCCUGUGGAGCGCUCAUAGCCACUGCCUGUCUUGCUCCCCUCCCAGUAUAAGGAUAGUGUGACCAACUUCGUCUUUAUGCUGAGAGGAUGGCCUGAGGAAGGCACACAGUGGCUGAGAGCCCUCCGGAGUGCUCUCGGCCAUCGCCUAUCUCGCCCUCCUCCUGGCAUAAUGCCAAGAGGACAGCCCAGAGAUCGGGGGAGGAGGAUUGGGUCAGUUGCCAUAUGUCUCGUUUUCCUUCCGACUUAAGGAUGGGGCAAGCAGCCCCGUCCUUAUGCAAGGAGGACAACCUGAGGAGCACCUGGGACCUGCCCCACCUCUUUCCAGCCCCAUCCUUUCCCAGACUCUCCUCUUCCCGAGCCCAUCCCACCUAGCACAUGCCCAGCCGCCCUCUUUCCCAGCCCGGUCUGGUCCUCUCAGCUGGACCCACAAUGUGGCCCCAAAGCAAAAACGUUUGCCCAUGUCUGGUCUAGUGGGACCAUCUCCUUUGUAAGUUUGUAUGGGACUGCAGCCUUCUGUGGUAAUCCUAUACAGGCUUACCUGGGAGUAGACCCCAUUAACCAAACAGAGCUUACUGUGAACAUACUGGGAACUAUCCUACUUGUUUCACAACACUCUAAUAGACUUGGCUUGAUAUAUAGCCCUAACAUUUUUGUCACAAUUAAAGUAAGUCCAUUUAAUGACUGGAACUUGCAUAAGCAUUGACUUGCCUAGCUCCCAUUGAUUUAAAAAGUGUACUCUAGCUGUAACUAGCAGUUAGUUUUAAGGCUCAGGAAUUACCCAAAUCAUAUUUUCCAUCCAUUUUUAUAGAAGUCUAUUUUCUUAAAUGCCAAUGAAAUUUAAAAUAUACAUUUGAUAUACAGUUGGCCUUCCAUUUUCUGAGCGUUAGAAAACACUAUUUACUUGUACUUGAGAGAACGCCUCUCUCUGAAUCUCUACUUUCUCCAGUGCAACUUGAUGGUUGACUUCUGCCAGUGGUUGACCAGGGAGUAACAUUGUAGGACCUAGAAAUGCUUAGAGAAGUGUUCCCUCUAGAAAUCUCUAGGUCCAUGGGUUUUACUGUCAGGAAAAUUGUAGUCCAGGUAGUACUACAAAUAUUCAGUCUAAAUUGUGCAAAGGAAGCUGUUAAAUACCACUUACUCAAACUCUGUAGAUAUGUAUUGAGUAGCACAACUGACUUUACAUUACUACAAUAAUACUUUUACAUAUAGGCCUAUUUUUUCAUGUUGCCAUUCAAGGAUGAAUCAGGUCCUGUCUGGGAACUUAGUAAAACACAGUUGUUAUCAUUUUAAAAUUACAAAAAAAUAUUGCAGUCUUUUUUUAAAAAAAAAAAAUCAACUGUAAGUUUGGUCAAAUGUGUUUACACAGUUAUCUUUUAUGAAAAAAGUGCCUUAAUGUAUAUUAUACAUUUAGAAUUUAGUUGUCCUGACCAAAGCCUUUGCUUAAUUUAUGUAAAAACACUUGACUGACAAUUUGUGUCUUUUGAAAUGAAAUUAUAAUAAUAAUUAAGAAGUUGAUUGCUUUGUUUCUUAGGGUUAUUAAUCUGAUGAAUAUUUUCUCAUGUGCUAAAUCAUUUAUGUCCUUGCACUUUCUCAUCUGAACAGAACUUUCUCUAAUUUCGUGUAUAUUUCUGCUGUUUGUCAGUGAAGUAAUUUCUCAAAAGUUAUGUUCCUAAUUAUAGCUGACUUAAUGAAAGUAGUCCUGCAUUAAUACAUACAAGUUACAACUAUCUUAGAUUGUAUGAAAACGUAUUUGUUGUUGUUUAUUGUCUCUAGGUACCAGGUUUUACUGAACCUGUUUUACCCAAAUACAUUCAAAACUGUGAUUUUUUUCCCCCUCUUGUUCAACCCAGCCUUCUGUUGAGCAUCUGAGCAUACUACUACUCAAAGCUAUUCAAUGAUAUUACUUGAAAAGUCAUCUGUGAUGGUUUUAUUAUGGGGCCUUUAUGGAUGAAGCCUAAGGGAUUUUAAAAAACUGAACAUGUGUACUGUGUAAAAUAGAGCUGUAUCUGUUUUGGGAUGCGAAUUAAAGAGCCAAACUAUA